GCCUGGGCUGUCAGGCAGUCCUCCCGAAGUGGAGUGCUGGGAAGGUAAGUAUCCCAGGCUCUCCAGGGCUCAGUGCCGUAACGGGUUAAGAGAUUAAGAAGGAAUUUACUUUAUGUUGCGAUUUGGACAGCAGAGCCAGCUGCCCAUGAAUGAAGGCAUGCUACUGGCCUCUCUAUUCAGGGGCCAUCUGUGGUGGGGUUACACUGUCCACAGGAGAAAGAAGAAAGAAGCCAUAUUGGAAGUAACACAGAGAGCAUGCAGCAGCUCCUGGCCCCUGCCAUAUAUAAGUGUAUCAUAUUAUUAAUUUUCUCUCCCAGUGACUGCCUGAGGGCUGAUAAAGAAAAGGAAUGCACUCAAAUAUAUUAUUAAUAUAUAAAGCCAGGGAAGCCCAUGAGUCAGGAAAAGGGGGCAUUCCUGACAAACAGCACUGUGCAGCCUGUCACUAAUAGUUGUAAUAACUCCUACUGCACAUACCCAGUAUCCUCUUUAACCCCUUAAGGACCAAACUUCUGGAAUAAAAGGGAAUCAUGACAUGUCACACAUGUCAUGUGUCCUUAAGGGGUUAAAGUGUUCAAUAACUCUACACCUGAGAUACUCAUGUUGUGGCUAGUUUAAAAGUUAUGAAGCUUCUAACUGCAGGACUGGGGCUGUGACUUUGAGGACUGAUAUGAUUCUGAUUUUAAUCUGUAACGAUUGUUGAUUUUGUUAACCAGUUCAGCUACUUCUUGGCUCCAUAUUACCAGACUAAUUAUAUUGCCAUCUCUAAAAGUAAUGAGUUUUUCAGUAUAUUGCUGCAUUAAAUUAAAACUAAAAGAAAUUGGCCUAGAUGAAUAUUCUUGUUCUUGGGUAGAACAUUGGCUUAAGGAUAGAGUACGAGUUGUCAUUAACGGUAAAUUUUCAGGCUGGACAAAAGUGGUAAGUGGUGUCCCUCAGGGUUCUGUUUUGGGACCACUUCUAUUUAACAUAUUUAUAAAUGAUCUUGAAAUAGGCAUUAAAAGCCACGUAUCAGUGUUUGCAGAUGACACAAAACUUUGUAAAGUAAUAAAAUGUGAGCAGUAUAUUGCUUUGCUGCAGAGGGAUUUGGAUAGAUUGAGGGACUGGACACUAAAAUGGCAGAUGAAAUUUAACGUACAGAAAUGCAAAGUUAUGCACUUCGGGGUUAAGAAUGCACAAGCACCCUAAAUGGAGAGAAACUGCUAUGUUUAUCAAUGGGUUAAGCCUUCCCCCAAAGCCUCUAGCAGCGGUCUCAUUGACAGCCGCUAGUGGUGCUUGCGUGCUUUUCACUGUGAAAAUCACAGUGAGAGCAUGCAAGCGUCCAUAGGAAAGCAUUAUAAAUGCUUUCCUAUGCGACCGGCUGAAUGCGCGUGCAGCUCUUGCCGCGUGUGCGCAUUCAGCCGACGGGGCGGAUCGGAGGACGAGAGCUCCCCGCCCGGCGCUGGAAAAAGGUAAGUUUUAACCCCUUUCCAGAGCCGGGCGAGAGGGGUCCCUGAGGGUGGGGGCACCCUCAGGGCACUAUAGUGCCAGGAAAACGAGUAUGUUUUCCUGGCACUAUAGUGGUCCUUUAACAUACACACUCUGGAUCCCCUAUACACACACUAGAUUCCUUGUAAGCAAACACAUUCUACACCCCUAAACACACACACACUAUAGCCUGUAUGCACACACUUGCUAUAUCCCCAAUACACACAUUCUCUACAGCCCAUAGCCACAUAUGCAUCACAUUACACCACAAACACAACACGACUAAAACCGACCUUAUUACACAAUACCACACCAUGACCAGCUCACUCUACACACACGCAAUACCACAAGCAGGCUCCAAACACAUGCACAAUACUCUUUCCUGGCCUUUUGUCUCCUGGUAUCCAUUUAUAGACACCAGAGACAAGUUGCAAGGAAACACAGUGCAAGCAUGUUAUUAAAUUUGCUUGCACUGUGCAAAACAAAUACAGGAUUUUUUUCUCAUGCUAGAGCUCUUCAGCAGAGCUCUGCGCAUGGUCUGCCCUGGAAGAGCAUUGAACCAACAUGCUCACUUUGAGAGGAGGCGUGUCUGUCAUUGGUGACAAAACACACCUCCUCUGCCCCGCCCCCUUUUUAGUGGGCCACUGUGUUAAAAAAAUGCCCGGGCCGAAUUUUUCUCCCAGUCCGGCCCUGUGUAUAGGUAUCUCUGUGUUGUGCCCAGCUCUGUUUAUUAUAUCUCCAUUUUUCUCAGCUCUGUUUGUGGCAUGGUUAUCUCUGUAUUGUACUGAGCUCUGUGUAUUUCAUAGAUAUCACUUUAUGUUGUGCCCAGAUUGUUUUAUUGAAUGAGAAUAUCUGUAUUAUGCUCAACUCUGUGUAUUGUAUGAGUAUCUCUGUACUGUAUAGGGAGGAGUGAAAUUCUGGGGAAGGACUCUGAAACUCUAUCAUCUUAAAAUUCACCAUCUGCCACUGCUGAAAGUUAUACUGAACAUGUAGAGUUACCGUGAUACUUGGAUGGUAUAGAGAUACAUUAGAGUGUUGGGGAUAACUGUGCAAAAUGCACAAGUGUGCCACACUUUUUAGCCAGGCAUGCACACAAUGAGUGUGUUCUUUCAGGGUCAGGCAACCUUUGGCACUCCAGAUGUAUUGAACUACAUCUCCCAGAAUGCUCUGUCCACUUUAUGGGAGAUGUAGUCCACAAUAUCUAGCGUGCCAAAGGUUGCCUGCAAAGGUUGUUACUUAGUCUCAAUGUAUAGUUCAGUAACUUAUCAUGGUAUCAUGGCAUGGUGCUACUCUCAUAACUCUAAUCCAGAUUUUGGCUGUGAAUGUUGGGAAAUAAAACACAUAGCAUGUCUGGUACCCCUAACCAAUACUGAUUGUCAUCUAACCUUAAAGGGACACUCCAGUGCCAGGAAAACAAUCCGUUUUCCUGGCACUGCAGGACCCCUCUCCCUCCCUCCCACCCCCCAUCCCCGGUUGCUGAAGGGGUGAAAACCCCUUCAGUCACUUACCUGAGACCCGACGCUCCUCCUCUUCCUUACGUCAGCCGGUGGGUGAGACUGAUCCCGCCCGCCGGCUGAGGAGACCUAAUGCGUGGCAAUGCUUUCCUAUGGGGAAUUGAGUGAUGCUGGAGGUCCUCACAUAGCGUGAGAACGUCCAGCGACGCUCUAGCACAAAAAACCUGUGCUAUAAUCCAGGAAGUGCCCUCUAGUGGCUGUCUAGUACAUAGCCACUAGAGGAGGAGUUAACCCUGCAAGGUAAUUAUUGCAGUUUAUAAAAACCUGCAAUAAUUACACUUGCAGGGUUAAGGGUAGUGGGAGUUGGCACCCAGACCACUCCAAUGGGCAGAAGUGGCCUGGGUGUCUACAGUGUCCCUUUAAACAUGGACUCUGGGCGAGUUUUGGAGAACCUGACCUUUUAUAACCAUGCACCUGGGAUUUUUUUUUCCAAAUCAGCCUGAAUGUUACAAUUCUGUAUUCAGGAUACUUUAUUUAAUUGUUCAGUAAAUAAACCCCUUCAGACAGCUAUCAUUGCUAUGCUCUUAACUAUCAAUCAUUGGGAAUUGGCAAGCAGAUUUCACUUCCGAAGUCGCUCAGCUGGAAAAAUUGUGUUUGUGCUGCAUCAGUUUUCCAGUUUUGCUGUAGUGGAUUAAAAUUUAAAUUUUUAUUGUGAAUUCCCUACUAACGAAUAAUAUAAACAUACAUGUCAUCAGAAUUAUAUUACAUAACUAACAUUAUACAAUUUUCUUUUUUAUAUAUAUAUAUAUAUAUAAUAUUACAUUUUAUUUUAUUUUUUUAAAAUGUCAAUAAUAUUUUCAAAGUAUUAAAUUAUUAAAUUGAGGCUAUAGCUAGGCUUCUGCCAUGUUAACUGUUUGUAAACAAGAGCAACAUUGUAUUGGGAAGCAUUCUAUUAUGCUAUUAUUCUAUCAUUCUAUUAUGCUCAUAGUAUUGACAUAUUUGCAACAUUGUUGCAAAUCCUCCCAGAUCAGAUGGAACCUACAGGAGGAUAUCAGUCCUGUGCAGUGACCAGGCUACAUCAAUAACUACAUAUCCCAGCAGGUCUUGCACAUGACGCUGGGAAACGUGAGCUAGGAGGGGCUGGGGUGAUGCAGACAAGUGACAAAGCUCUGGAUCUGCUAGAGCGCUGGUGGUGCUGAUGCAGGAUGGCAGAUCUUGCAGAAAGGGACUGGCAUUGAUAGGGGUGGGAGAAGCUGCAUCACUUUGGGUGAUAAAGGUACACAGCUCUGCCAUCAUCCAAUACAUGGGGCUAAGGAUCUCAGCCCCUGGGAGAAGAUGAGAUGAUUUGCUAAAGGUGGAGAGCUGUUUGUUCCCUGUGCUGGAUUGAUAUUUAUGCAUCAGAUUGGAAGCCAGACAUUGCUGUUGAGUUGACCCCACAUGUAACAUGGCAGACCCAGCAGAAUGCAGCAUCAAAGUGAUGUGCAGGUUCAGACCAUUAAAUCAAGCAGAAAUUCACAGAGGGGACAAGUUCAUCCCUGUCUUCAAAGGAGAUGACACAACAGUGAUUGGGGUAAGUAGUCUGUAUUAUUGUAUGGGCAGGUGUUCUGCAUUGGGGGUGUCUGAGGAGGGAUCCCCCUCUAUGCAUUCAGGAGAUGUAACAUGGUGCAUAGUCUGCCCAAUAGGGCUGAUGGCAUUCUCUGCUAUCCACAGUCUGCAAGUCUGUGUGCAUGGAAAAUACCUAUUUACCAAAAAAAUUAUUAAAUAUAUAUAUUCUUGUUUGCAAUCUGUUAGAGCCUUAAUCAAAGGUUGACCAGAAAAAUAAAAUUACAUUAGAGGGUGUUGCUUGCCAUUGACUACAAAUUAACUCAUGAGAUGCCAAAGAAAUGCGUUGCAUGAUGACAUUUAACUCAUUAGGGCACAAUGUUUGGGUGUGGAUAGCUGGAUGUGCAGACUAUACCUUUUUUGUAUUACAAAGUAACAAGAGAAAAUCAGAGAGAGAGAUGACAUCUUUAACAGCCCCCUCCUCCCACCCCAAUGUCAUUGCACAGCUCACCACAUGCAGCCCUGGUGAGCAAUUACUGGGAAUAAAUGGAAUCUCUGGGAAAUCUCUUGUUCAUCAGACAAUGAAAAUGUCCCCUAGACAACACAGUAAAUGCACAGACUGCUCCUUAUUUAUCAUAAAAGAACCUGUUUAAUGUUCGGUUUCUUUUAGUAAUCACUGUUAAUAGAAAUCUUUGGAUUUAGACCUGUUUUAACCCUUGCUGCACCAGAAAGGUGAACCCCCACCAGCUGUACAAAUACUUGCAUGGGAGUUCGUUUUAAUAAUGGAUGUUCCCCAUCAGUAAAUAUUUAAUUUAUCGUAUAAUUUUGAUGCCUGUGUAAAUAUGGCGAAUACGAGUUAAUUUUAUAUUGUUGAAAUUAAACAAAAAAAAAAAAUAAAAAAAAAAAUAUAUAUAUAUUUUUUUUUUUUUUUUUUUUAAAUUUGGGCCUAGAGCCAUCUUUAAAUAUUUAAUUGCAUUGCACACUAACAUGUGAUACAAAGAGUUAACCAUAUCAGAAUUUAAAUCACGUUAUUCUAUUUUUUUUUUCACACCUUUUGAAAUCGGCUGUCUACAUGACUCAUGCAAAAAAAUUUAAUUAAAAAAAUGGAAGAAUGACAUGUGCUCUCUGUACAAGGCCUGAUUAGCCUUUUAAGGGUUAACGUGUUGGAUAAUGAAUUCCUUGUAAGGGUUAACGUGAAACUUACCAUAUCUUGGUUUGUCACCUGUUUUAUCUAUUGAUUUUAUAUAAAGAGCACCCAAGGGUGCCACAAGAAACUAUUGCAGGCAUUAUGUAGAUUUGCAUGUAGGGUUGGGGGAGCACCUCUCUUUUACAUGGUUACAGUGUUUAUUGUGCUAGCAUUGGAGGAGAUAUUCUGGCUGGUGCAGCCUCUUUAGCAUUGGAGAGGGUGAUAUCACUGCACAUGUGCAGUCUGGCUUCUGCAGAUAACCAGCUGAUUGACAUCCCCAACAGUUCUCUUAGAGACAAGAAAAGCUCAUUCUGGGCUAGGGGCCAGGUAUUGUGCAAUGGUUUGGCUCAUGGAGGGGGACAGUGGGAUAUUUGUCAAAAACAAGAGAGGGGGGGGAAAGAGCUUACAAUUAUUAUUUAUAUAGCGUCAACAUAUUCUGAAGCACCUUACGAUGAGAAAAUGAAAACGUGAAACAAAAAGAGGCUCUUGCUUAAACAAAGUAUUUUUGUUUUUUAUCAUUUUUCAAAUAUUUCCACUUUCCUGUCAAUGAACCAGUUAUUACUGGGCCUAAAAAUUUCAUUUUUUUUUUUUUAUCCAAAUGGUUCUUGGAAAACACUUGUACUCCUUUCUACCCUACUCCAUGAUAUACUUUUUUUGUUUCUUUUUGUCUUUAAAUCUUUCUAUGUAAAACUUGGUGUUGAAGGCCCAGGGCUGGGAGCUAAGUGUCCAUAGCAUAACAGAACUAAUUUCUAAGGUAGGACCGUGAAAUCUAGCCGGUUUAACAUGCUUUCUUCAUGGCCUGAAUUGUAUGGACCUAUUCUGAAUGAGGUUGGGUCCUUUGUUUAUGAACUACACUUCCCACAAUGCCUAGCCAGCCAUCAUUAAACAUUCUGACAGCAUGGCAUGUUUUCCUAAGACUUUGUCAGACUUUUCAGAAUAGGCUACUUAAAGGGACACUAUAGUCACCAAAACAACUUUAGCUUAAUGAAGCAGUUUUGGUGUAUAGAUGAUGCCUCCUCACCCACCCAGAUGCUACAGAUUGGCCUUUCUUGCUAAGACAUUACUAAACUGACAUCUGGAUGUCCUAUUGCUGGCUGGUAUCAAAGCACUGACGUUCAGCAGAUGGAGAGAUUCUUGUUGGUGUCAUCUGCUCUAAAAUAGUUUGUUUUUGGCAAAAGAUAUGACUUUGAGAAAAACGCGUUGGACUGCUGAAGAAAAAUGUGUAUUUAUAAAAAGAAAAAAUACACAGACGUGUGUUUUUUGUUUUGUUUUUACCAGAGCGUGGGUUGUGAUCCAAAAUGACCAGUGACCACAAACCAGCCAUGGAGACCUUUUGGGUCUCAUCAGUAUAAUUCCAGUUCUGGUCUGGAAAUUGAAGUCUCUCUGAGAGUGUGUCGCUAGGUCCACUGAUAGAUACAUAUGGACCUAGCGAUACACCCUGAGAGUGUGUGUGUCUUUUUUUUUUUUGUUUGUUUUCUUUUUAAUAAUUGGAGUGUUCCUUUAAUUUCUCAAAUAAUGUUUGAAAUGGGUUUAGGGCACACCGGGAUUUAGUGGUUUUAGCACAGCGACCACUUAACCUAGUUAUUAUGUAUGAUAAAAAAUUAACAUAAAUAUAUCAGAUGCUCAUAUAGUUGAGACUGUUAUUUAAUGCUUGUUUAAAUUGAUCUAUGUUUUGUUUGUGGUGUUUUCCUUACGUUGUGUUUAUAUAUUUUAGAAUGAUUCCCUGUAACAUAAUACAGUACCGGUCAGUCUAGUGGGAGCCUUGACUCCGUUGUUGUGACUGGUAAAAUCAUUUCCAUUAGUCCGUAAAUAUGAUUCUGGCUUAUACCAUUUACUUUAUAACAGCCUAUGUACCUGGUGGAGUCUUCUUCCAGGGUAUACUCUUGGAAGCGGAGUCUUUGUAUAUAACUGACCAUAGUCAAGAAAGUGGCAAAAAGCCUUGUGCUAGCGGUUAGUAUCUCAUUUGGUGCUUAUUGAACAAACACUAAUGUUCUCGUACAGCCCAGUACUGCACUAUUUUAGGAUGAUUUAAAUGUAACAAAGAGCACCCAGCAACAUUGGAUAUCCGAAGGAUAAACACAGAGUCCAGGAUCAGCAUAUCCACAGACAAGGAUUGUACCGUCCAAGCGCAUAUAUCUGGAGCUGAUUUUAGGCUCCAGAAAAUUUGAACCCUCACUUAACCCUAAAUGUCCCAUGUCCUAAGCUUAGUGAAUGAACUAAUUAUAAUGAAAGUGUAAAAAUAGUUUUACUUACCUUCCAGGACCUUGCUGUGGAGGAGUAGCAGGAGUGCUAGCACGCAUGUGCAGCACAGGAUCCAGCUGAUUCCCCUCCCCGGAAGUGACGGGGGUAUAGAAAUCUGACGGAGUAGAGUAGAAUGAUAGAACACCGGCUCUAGUUGUUUUUAAUUGACAGAAGAAUUCUACAGUGUUGCAACAGCCCACAAAUCUUGAAUACUGCCGCAAUGAGGGUGUUCCCCGACCUCCUUCUCGCCAGCUCUAGCCCUCCACUGUAUUACAUAACUGCAAGACUUUUUGCACUUAAAUUUUUGAGUCAGGGAGUCAAGGUCAUUCCAAAAAUGUGUCCUUUUAGUGUUCCCAUGGAGAGUUUACUGUGUUUGUAGUUUUUAUGUGUAUUAAAGGGACACUAUAGUCAACGGAACAACUUUUGCUUAAUGAAGCAGUUUUGGUGUAUAGAACAUGCCCCUGCAGCCUCACUGCUCAAUCCUCUGCCAUUUAGGAGUUAAAUCCCUUUGUUUAUGAACCCUAGUCACACCUCCCUGCAUGUGACUUGCAUAGCCUUCCAUAAACACUUCCUGUAAAGAGAGCCCUAUUUAGGCUUUCUUUAUUGCAAGUUCUGUUUAAUUAAGAUUUUCUUAUCCCUUGCUUGACCCUGCAAGAGCCUCCUGUAUGUGAUUAAAGUUCAAUUUAGAGAUUGAGAUACAAUUAUUUAAGGUAAAUUACUCUGAAAGUAAGUGGUUUUUUUUUUUUUUGGUUUUUUUUUGGUUUUUUUUUAUGCAGGCUCUGUCAGUCAUGGCCAGGGGAGGUGUGGCUAGGGCUGCAUAAACAGAAACAGUGAUUUAACUCCUAAAUGACAGUGAAUAGAGCAGGGGAAUGAUCUAUACACUAAAACUGCUUUAUUUAGCUAAAGUAAUUUAGGCGACUAUAGUGUUCCUUUUUAAGCAAAUUUUAGGAGCUGUUUAUUACUCUUCCUGACCACAUGUGCUGGCUAGACAAUCCCAUACAGGCGGGUAGGAAUAUUGAUUGACAAACAAGACCAGUCAUCCAUCACUUGGCCAUUCAUAUCUACUUAAAGGGACACUCUACUGCCCCCCCCCCAGUCCAGACUUUCUCUGUUGGUCCAAUCACAGACUUCCUAAUGCAGCUCAAUGAGGUGCUCUGGGCAGUUGCUGCCUCCACUGAACUACACAACCAGAAAGUUCCAAUACCUGUUGUCUGAUUGACAGUUAGUUGUAGUAACGAUUUUAAUGUAUAAAAGUGUCUGAAGUCUACAAUUUUUGUAAAAUGAAAAACCUUUUCAUAUUUACAAACCACACAUUCAUUUAAAUUUAAGCCCAUCAAAAGGUUUCUCUUUAAACUAUGAACAAUCAUAAUUUUUUUUUAUUAUAUUAUAAACUUACGGCAUUUACACUAUUGUCCCAGCCUGUUUUAAAGGGAUUGCAGGGGACAGAAAUGCUGAUGACUACGUUUGUUAAAUACCAUACUUUUUUUUUUGUCUUUGUUUUUUGGCUUAUGGAGGCUUAUUGAAACACAAUAGGAAUUCUCUGGGUCUGACAGCCCUGCCUGAAUUAAAGGGAUAAUAAUACACGCAGCCCCUGAAAUUACUUUGAUAUUUGUUAAAAAUGUCUAAUCUCGGCCACUUUUACCUUUUUGAAGUAUAUCCUCAAAAAAUUGGCAGUGAUGGUACUUAGUAAGCAUCCCUUUCUCCUUCCCGUUUCAUUAUAUGUCUGUCUCUGUAUUCACAUUCUUCUUGGUGCUCGGGAGAAAAUAAUGUAUACACAGAUAACCUCUGGACUUUGUUGUUGAAAAGUUCUGCUAAAACUACAAAUAAAUGGUGUCACCUUGACACCCAAUUGGAGAUGACUGUUAAAGAAACUCUGUCACUGAAACAUGUUUCACUCUGUCUGCUUUGCAAUCUAAAUCACUGGGAAUUUUAAGACUUACUUUGUUUGAAGUUACCAGUGAGUUCCAAAAGAUUAUGUAAAUUGUCAAAACAGAAUUUAAAGGAACACUAUUCUCUUACACAGUUUAGGCUUGUUUGUUUCUUAUAAACCCUUGCUUUUGACCUGUUUGUAUAUACUCACGAUGCCUGGAUAGGGUACCAUCUACAUCACCUUGUCAAGACCAGAAGGCAAGUACCAUUGCGUCCUGACACCUCUCUUCAGUACUAUCCUUACCAGUGGGAUCAGACUAAUGUUAAUGGUUUAGAUUCCCUCAUUAACGGCACAAGAACCCAAAACUUCUUUGAGCGCUACGUGAAGACUAACCUUAGGGCAAGAUAUUCCAUUUUUGACUAUUCUUGGUUUUUUUAUUACACUCUGUGCCCAAAACAAACUGUCCUUACUCACUGUUUUUGUUUUUAUUUGCUAAAGUCUUAUCUGUUUUUUUUUUGUUUUUUUUAUCGUUUUUAUAGGUUUUUGACCCAUUUUGUUAUCUUUCCUUUUCAGCAAUCUAAACCUUAUGUGUUCGAUAAAGUGUUUGCCCCCAACACAUCCCAGGAAAAAGUUUACAACGCCUGUGCAAAGCAAAUAGUCAAAGGUAUGUCUGUUCAAAUCAUUUAUCGUUGUGUGCAGCUGUCAUCGUGGCUUUCCAUUCUGACGCUACUGCUCUCUUUGAGUUGAUGUUUAGUGAUAUUCGGUGAUAUGAUGGCUGAAUUCUUUGUGACGGCUUCCUUGCUAGAAUGGAAAAAACAUCAUAAAAUAUUUUGCAUUUAUGAUAAAUGUGUCCGCUAAAUGCCUGAAUAAAAAAGUGUAAAAAUUGGAUGGCUUACAUUAUAAGACCUCUUUUUUGUUUUAUUAUUAUUUUUAUAAUUAUCUUAAUACUUGUAUAUAAUAUAUAUCAGUAUUUAUUUUGAGCUUCAAGUUAAACCUGCUACAUGGAAUUAGAUAGUUUUUAUAAAUAUCAUUUUUUUUUUUUUUUUCUGUUUCAUUUUUAUUUUAAAUGUAUGUUAGGAAAAGAGCAAUUUGUUUUUUGUUUGAGUGGGGCAAAUGAAUAAAAUAAUAAUUCUCAAAUGGAACAAAGACGUGUUUUCUAGUGAAGAGCUUACGGCAAUCGUACUAAUAUAUUUCACCAUCUCGAGCCUUUGUUUAUAAUCGGGGAUUCCUACAGAAUGCCUUGAAUUAUUAGAAUAGGUGUAUAUGUAGUUUUUGUUUGUUUCUUUUUUUGCAACAAUAUGCUUGUGUAAAAUUAUGCCUUUCUCUGUUCAAAAUUAUUUCUAACUUCUAUUUUGUCUCAGACAGGAAGGAUAGUUCCCCUUCCCCCCACCUUUUUAUUUAUUUUUUAAUGAAUUUCCAUUGUGCCAGACUACCGUGUGUGUGUGUGUGUGUGUGUGUGUGUGUAUAUGUGUGUAUGUGUAUAUACACACACUCAUGGACAGCUGUUUCGUUGUUAAUGCAACUCUUCAGCAUGAGGUUGGUUACUGGUUUGCUUAUUGAGGCUUGGGAAGAAAAAUCCAAAUAGGUUAUGGUGGGGAAAAAUUGUGAUUGAAAACCCCUGUCCAUGAGUGGUUCACUGGUUUUGCAUCUUUUCCUAAAUUGUGUUCCAAGCAGUUGUAUACUGCAAACACAGAUUAAAAGGAAUCCAUGUUUAAAAUGGAAUGAGGCAAAAAUGUGAUUCUUUGAUAAACGAAUUUGCAUAUGCCCACCCAGAAUCCUUUGCGGUUGUAACAUCACUGCAGAUUUGGGAUUUCUGUGGGGAAAAGCAAGUCUUAUGGCUUGACUGGUGUGCAGAUUUUUGUUUAACAUUGUAUUAACUAUCCACAGACUUCAGGUGGAAGGGGUUUUCAAUCACAAUUUUUCCCCACCAUAACCUAUUUGGAUAUUGAUUUGAGAUGUACAUAUAAAAAUUCCUCUAUAUGCUUUGCUACACUAUAUAUGUUUGAUAUAUAGAAAAUUGCAAGUUAUUACUUAGUAGUUAUCCUUAAGAAGAAACCAUUUCCACUUAAAUAAAUAUAUUUUGUUUCCUUUACAAAAUGGAUAAAUAUGUGCCUUUUUUCCUUGUGAAGCCAUUAUCAUGUAAUUGAUUCUUUCUUGCACCUCCUGAUGAACUCCAGGGGAACAAAAACCAUGGUUACGGUGCUUCCUCAUUAAAUCGACAUUGGAAAGGAUCUAAAGCCUUUGCCUGUUUGCCUUUUGAGUGCAUUACUGAUUCAGCACAGACUACCUUCCAGCACGAUCAAUGUCUAUGAAUUGGAAGCCACAUCAUUUCCACCAGGAUCUUGCAACCGCAGAAUUAAUGUUCUCCUGGUGCCUCCUGACAUACUCCAGAUUGCCUUAACUCUUGAAUGUCAGAAUGACAUUCCUAGGCCAAUGUGCUAUACAGUGGAGUGUUCCAAUUAUUCCAUUUAGCGACAUAGGAGAUGAUGUAUCUAAAGAAAGAGGCUAUAUUUCCUGCUGUCUUUAAUUUUCAAGGACUGCUCAUUGCCUCUCUUGUAGAAGAGUGAAGGACGUCUUGUAAACCAGUUCUGGCCCACCCAGAUCUCUAGGGAUUUGCAGCAGAAGAGGUUUUCAGAAUCUACUCAUGCAAAUACAGGUUUAAAGAUCUGAGAUGUAGGGAUUCUGACAGAUUAAGUUGCAUUAACCAUUCCUGAAACCUAUGGUUUUGAAAUUUUUUAUUUACAAA